AGAGAGCGAGAGAGAGAGAGAGCGCGAGAGACAGAGAGAGAGAGAGAGAGAGAGAGAGCGAGAGAGAGAGAGUGUUUUGUAUCAUCACUAAAGCUCGCACGCAGGGCGGUGCGCCAAAUUGAUAGCGUCCACACUCUCCUUAUUUCUCUUAUCCCCUUCCUUAACCUCGCGCUAAAAUUAACCCAGCGCACAAAAUAGAGAGAGAGAGAGAGACAGAGACAGAGAGAGAGAGAGAGAGAGAGACACAGAGAGAGGGAGAAAAGGAGAGAAAAAGAAAGAAAAAGAGGGAGAGAGAGAGAGAUUGAAGAGGAGGAUGGCGAGAUCUUACCGGUGAUCGCGGGGGAGGGGGACGGAUGCGGGGGAGGAGCUGAUCCGCGGCGGAAUGGAGUUCGAGGAGCACGACGAGGCGGAGGAAGAAGAAGAAGAAGAGGAGGAGGAAGAAGAAGAAGAAGAAGAAGAGGAGGAGGAGGAGGAGGAGGAAGAAGAAGAGGGGGAGAUGGAGGUGGCCGCGGCGGGGUCGAGCUACGAGGGCCCGAGCGGGGCGGGGAAUUCGCGGAGAGAAGAUCAGGGCGGAGGAGCGGCGUCGGGGAGGGGCGGUGGGGGAGCGGAGGGGGGUCCGGGGGGGUCGAGUAUUAUUAUUAACCGGAAGAUGACGGGCGCAGGGGGUGGGGGAGGGAGGUAUCGGGAGUGCUUGAAGAACCACGCGGUGGGGAUCGGGGGCCACGCGGUGGACGGGUGCGGGGAGUUCAUGGCGGCGGGGGAGGAGGGCACGCUCGACGCCCUCCGCUGCGCGGCCUGCAGCUGCCACCGCAACUUCCACCGCAAGGAGUCCCCCGACUCCGCCGCCGCCAUCACCGACGCCGCACUGCCGACGGCCGCUGCCGCCGCCUUACAGUACCAGUACCACCACCACCAACAGUUCUCGCCCUACUACCGCACCCCGGCCGGCUACCUCCACCAGCCGCCUCCGCACCUGCAGAUCUCCGCCUCCGCCGCCGGGCAGCAGCACCGCGCGCCCCCUCCUCCGCCGGCGCUGGCGCUGCCGUCGACGUCUGGCGGCGGCAGGGAGGAGGGGGAGGACGUGUCGAACCCGGCGAUGAUGAUGAUGAUGAUGAUGGGGGGCGGGGGAGCGGGGGCGGGUGCGGGUGCGGCGUCGGGUUCGGGCGGGGGGGCGUCCGGGAAGAAGAGGUUCCGGACCAAGUUCACGCAGGAGCAGAAGGACAAGAUGCUGGCGUUCGCCGAGCGGGUCGGAUGGCGGCUGCAGAAGCACGACGAGGCGGCCGUGCAGCAGUUCUGCACCGACGCCUGCAUCAAGCGCCACGUCCUCAAGGUCUGGAUGCACAACAACAAGCACACCCUCGGUAAGAAACCCUAAUUCAUUAACCACCCUCCCUCCGGCCCGCUACAAACCAAUUAAAUGCCCUUCCCUGGCCUCUCUCUCUCUCUCUCUCUCUCUCUCUCUCUAUUAUUAUUAUUAUUAUUAUUAUAUAUGGGAGGAGGGCGGGGGUCUAGCAUGUUUUUUAUUUCUAUUUUUAUUUUUAUUUUUAUUUUAUUUUCCCUUUUUCUCUUUUUCUUUUGUGAUGUUGUAGUUCUUUUGUUAGGGAGUAGCUAGCUAGCUAGCUAGGGAUCAGGUUGGAUUUUGUGUUAUGUGAUGUUGUAAUGGAUAUGCUGGUUGGAAGGAGGUUGGCCAUUUGGUAAUUAAUGUGCCACUGAGUUGUUCUGGCUAACUGCAUUGUUCGUUUCUUUCCUUUUGUUUUGAUUCGACACAGAGAGAGAGAGAGAGAGAGAGAGAGAUCUAGAGAGAGGGUGAAGGGAAUAAAUUUACUACGAACCUAGUUCAUGUGAGAAGGGAGAAUCAAAGAGACAUGGAGUGGUAGGGAUAAGAGUCCUUUGUGGCACUGUUAUAUUCGCCUCUUCCAUCCCCUCUCUCUAUCUCUCUCCCUCUCUUUUGUGUUGUAGAGCUUCUCUUCUCAAACUUUCGUCAUCAUGCUAUUCUCUUCUCUUCUCUUCUCUAACAAGCAUUUGUAGUGUUUUGGUGCAUCUUGUAUGCAUGUUGUAUGUUCUUAAUUUAUUGGUGCCCACCCUUUGUUCUACAACAACAAAUGCUUAAUUUCUAGUUU